AUGGUCGAUCUGGUUUCCGUCGAAUCCAUUCAUGUCUGCUUUGCACCAAAUUCCCAAUUUUGUCUUUCUAUCUACUGGCCCCCCUGGCCUCCUCUCCCCUCUCCCCUACCACCAGGCCGCCUUCCGAGCUUCGGCAUUCUGGAUGAGCUCCCACCCAUGGCUCUCCCGGAAUUUAUCAUUGCCCCGGAGGUAAGCUUGACCUACCGUGGACAUGGUAAACCCGGGAUUGCUAGCCACCCAGCUGGGAUCGAUGACGAUUUUGCCAUCGAUGAUUGUCAUCCGAGCCGCGGAGGGUUCUACCCAGCAGGUCACUGGGAGGCCCUCGAUCGCGGCCCGGACUUGGGCCCAACUGGGUGGCUGUCCUUGUUGCUCGCCCGCUCGGUCGGUGUCUGGCUGGUCUGCGGCAUCGCCGCUUCCGGAGGCAUCCUCUCCCCCUGCCCCUCCACUGGCCCCUCCACUGGCACCGCCAGCACUACCACCACCCGGGCCCUCGUCCUCCCUCCAGUCCUCCUCUUCCUCAUCCUCAUCCUUCUCCUCCUCGUCCUCCUCUUCCUCAUCGUCCUCCUCCUCCUCGUCGGAGGAGAAGACACCCUCCGCACCAGCCUCAAUGCGGGCCAUGCGGUCUGGCCAGAGCCGGCGCAUAACCGCGAGGUCAUGCUCCGAGAGCUCAUCGAGCCCCAAGCGGGGAGGAGGCGACUCGGAUCGGUCGGACCGGUCCUCCUCAUGGGAGUACUGGCCCUCACUCUCCGGGUCGCUGACGGCAUCGCCGUCGCUCUCCUCCGAAUCGCUCAGGUACUGGCCAUCCGCACCUAUGCCCACGUUGCCCAUCAGUUGCUCGAAUUCCGCCGAGCUGUCGGAGGUGUCGGAGCGGGACUCGCUCUCUCCGUCACUUUGCAGCAGCAGCUGCUGCAGCUCGUUGGCAGCAACCGCCGCGGGGUCUCUCCACCCCAGGCCGGCGGAAGCGUCCUGCUGCCACUGCUGCUGCUGCUCGGUGACACGGUCCUCACCGACAAGACCUCCGGGAGGGGACUGAACGUCUGGUGCAGAAGUCAUCUGCACCUCGCCAUAGGCGUCGUUCUCGGAGUCCACCUCCAUAUUUUCCUCGCUCGGCGGAAUCUCCCCAUCGACGUCCAUCUCAGUGGACAGGAGUUGUUGGUCACUGUUUCCAGCGACCGGCGCUUCUUGAGCAGCGCCUUCCUCCAUGUCCACAUCGGCCACCGUGGUGGUGGCAGCCGAGGAGACAGACGUCGGCGUGCACACCCCAGUGCCGAAAACGACACGUGGGGCUGCAGAUGGGGGUGGUGUUUGCAACAGAUGGGCAAACAGGGACGGCUGGUGCUGAGGAGAGGCCCGCUGGGCCACCCUCUGGUGGAGGAGUCUGCGAGACACCGCCUGCCGAACUGGCCGGGCUCCUCCUCUCGCCUGGCCCCCCGACAGAGCAGUCCGGACCGCCUCCUCCAAAGCGGUUGGUCGGACUGGUGACGGGGUUUGGGCGGCCAGGCGAGGGAAGAGAGGCGCCGCGAACCGCUGCUGGCCAUGCUCGCCUCCGGCAAGCACAGGCCAUUGGGGAACCUGUGGAGCCUCGGGCUCCGGCAGCAUUGGUUGCGGCGCCUGUUGGACCGGCGCUUGCAGAGCCAUCGGCGUCUGCGUCGGCUUUGUUGGCGUUGUCUCGUCGACGGCCACGGAGGCUCUCGGCACCUCCAUGGGGCUGGAAUCGCCCCGGAAAUGGAACAUGGCCGGCUCCCGAGCGAAGCGGACGCUUCGCUGGGGCCGGGCACUUAAACGCUGGCUGCUACCACCAGCGCCCCCAGUCCCAUUUCCGGUUCGCAAGAUCCCCCGUGGUUGUUGGGGUCCUGCGGCUCUGCUGGGGACCUCCUGGCCUGCGCCAGUAAGGUCCCCUUGGGGGGUUGGCAGAGCUGCAUUGGACAGGGGCUCUGCAUCUUGGCUGUUGGCGAUUCCAGCACCAACGACGAUUUCUUCCGACACGACGAUGCUACCACCGGAACCAGCCGGGGCAUCGUCGUCGUUGUCGUCAUUGUCAUUGUCGUCGUCGUUGCCGUCGUCGACUUUGCUGUCAUCGACAGACUCCUCCGCGCCCUUGUUGGCGCUACGCUCGCUAUCGGCGUUGCCGCCGUUGUCGCCGCCGUCCUCUCCCUCCUGUGCAGAAGGGGGUGUGUUGUUGGAAGGACGGCCGUCCUCCUCGGACGCUACUGGUGCGCCGGCCGGGGUCUGAGACUCGACAGCAGCCGAGUCCUCUGACAUUUCUGCCAAAGGAGCAGCGGCUGCUGCCGGUCCCUCUUGAGUCUCCGAGGAGGAAGAGGCAGGCUGAGUUUCCACAGCCACAACCUCCUCCUCCUCGACUUCCCGGGCGCCGGUCACCGGUCCAAGAGAACCAGACUGCGCACCCUCGAGAGGCAUCGCCUCAGGUGCGGGAACAGUCUCCACGACAACGGCCUCUGGCUGCGCCGUCAAUGCUCCCUCGGUCUCUUGCUGGCCUGAAGGAAGUUCGGCCAACUGCAUGGUCGGCUGAGUUGACUCAGCCGAGGCUUCUUCGACAACAUCGUUGUCUACUUCGCCAUUUGCAGUGGCCUCUUCUUGCCUCUCUUCCUCCAGGCCCAGAGACGCGGGCUGCUCAUGUUGCUGCUCCUGCUGCAGCUGCUGAUCGGUCGACCGAGUUUGCUCGGUCGGGGAGACAUUGUCCUCCCCUUCAGCAGUAGCAGCACCAGCACCGGAAGCAGCAACACUUGCAGCCGUUUCCUCCUCGGUGGGAAACAACCCCCUUGUACGGGGAGUUGGAUCCCUACCCCGCCCCUGUCUUGUGCUGCGUGCUGGCGCAGCUACAGGGGUCGGCGAGGUCCGAGGGUAGAGGGAACGUUGCCGAAACUCCUCCAACACCUCCUCGUCGGUUGACUCAUCGUCCGAGUUGGAGGUUCUUCUUGACAAUGUUGGAGGCGCGCAUUGACGGUUGACAGAGCGCCGAUAACGAGUCAUAAAACUUGAUCUGGCCGGGACUCUUUGUGUCGAAGAGCUGGCAACAGAGGAGGAAGCAGAGGAAGCGGGCGCUGGAGCAGGAGCUGGAGCUGGAACUGGAGCUGGAGCUGGAGCUGGCUGUGGCUGUGGCUGUGGUUCUAGCAGACCGGUUGGAAGCCUCCUGAGCCGCUCCUCGAGUUUCUUGGCCUCCUGCUCAGCAGCGCGGACUUGUCGGGUGAGCUUCUCGCUUUCCUCCAUUGCCAGCUCUUCUUCGAGUUUUCGGGCCUUGAGUUUGGCUGCGCGUAUGGCGUUUUCUUCUUGCAGUUUGUAAAACUCAUGUUUUCUUCGAGCGUCUUGCCAGGCAACUGUGAUGCCAUAGAGGACUUCAAUGGCUUUGUGAAAGAGUGCAUGUAGACCAUAUGCGGCAACGGGUGCGUAUUUGCGGAAAGUGGACGGCACCGCCUUGAAGAAAAACCAUGCAUAUCGGCCGAAAAUGGCCACGAUCAGAGGAGCUCACUUUCAAGAAGAUUUUGCAUUGCUUAAUGGCCCACUCGGGGCCGGACCCGAGUGGGAUUGAUGGCAGAGCGAAAGAUUGCCACUUGGAAGACAAAAAGCCUCGUUGUUUGCCCACGAUUGACUUGGUUGAGUUCAAGAGGCUUUCAAUCAGAGUUGGAUCAAUGAUGACCAAUGGCUGGGUAACCCAUGUGGUGUUUGGUGAUGAUGGCAGGAAAAACGUUUCAUUCACUGUCUUGUUGGGAACCAGGUGCGUGUUGAAUUUGUCGGCGAUCGUAGUGCUGUACGAGCUGUUGGGCAGAUCGCCCAAAAGAUUGCCCACUCGCCAGCCAACGAGCUUCUGGUAGUCGACCACCUUGAAUUCUUCGUCGUAGCUGGCGACAAAGAAGGUUGUCAAAGGCGUGACUGAUGGAUAGGAGCCGAUUUGACCAGUGCCAACAGUGGAGAGAAGAGUGGUUGACACUUCCCCCGCUGGAUUGGGGCCCUUGAGAAAAACAAGAGGAGGCCGCGAGGACGAACUCGGCAUGGAUGAGGCGACGCCAGGCUCUGCUGUUGACAAACUAGGCGAGGGAACAACCACCUCCGGAACAGUGUGGGCUCGGCGACCGCUUUUCAGUAAGUUCCAGCUGAGGACACUUAUCAUGCCAACUGCGGCCACACUGUUUCGGAGACGGUUGUCUAUGGCCGUCACCACGUUGGAGAGGAGAAGGGACAGGAGAAAGAUGAUGAAGAUGGAAGUGCACUUCUUCAUGGCUGCAAAGUAUCUUUUGUACUUGCAGGGAGGAGAGAUAUUGUGUGUGAGAGGGAGAGAUUGCUUGGUCUAAUGUCUGACCUAGCUGGCUGCAAAGUAGCUUGUGUACUUGCAGGGAGAGAAAGAUGACGAGAGAGGUUGUUGCGGCUCUGAUGUCUGCACCGAACUACUGCAAAGUAUCUUGUGUACUUGCAGGGAGGAGAGAGAUUUUGUGUGAGAGAGAAUAUUGUUGGCUCUGAUGUUCUGAACCAGGCUAUUGCAAAGCGUCUUGUGGCUUGCAAGAGAGAUGAUGAUGUUGAGAGACAGAUGUCUGAGGAGAGAAGUGUUUGAAAAGGUACGGUCCUGCUGUCUGAACCGAGAUGGUGCUAAGCGUCUUCUGCGCUUGCAAGAGGAGAGAUGACGGUGAGAGUCAAAGCGUCUAGUGGCUUGCAGAGGAUCGAGAAAGAUGUUGAUGAUGAGAGAGAUGUGUACGUGAGACAAGAUUGUUGGGUCUGAUGUCUGAACCAAGUGCUGCGGAGCGUCUAGUGGCUUGCAGAGAGAUCUUGUCGGUGAGAGAGAAGUGAGGUAUGAGUGAGAGAGAGAGAGAGAGAGAGAGAGAGAUGUUCUGGUUUCUGGUCCUAUGUCUGAACCAAGUUCCGCGUUGCGUCUUCUGCGCUUGCAAACCAGGAGAGAAAUGAUGUUGAUGAGAGUUGUAUGAGAGAGAAAAGUUUCGGGUGAGAGAAACUGCGCUUCGCAGGAUGUUGUCUUCCUGUCGAUCUGAAGCUGCGAGAAGAGGUAUGAGGUUUGAGAGAGAAGAAGAAGGUUUGGUUUCAGGUGAGAGACUUGAUUCAAGCUUUCGAUCAAAAUCGAAAAGGAGCUUUAGGUCUCAGCUGAAGAGGUGGAGGAAAGUCCAAGAUACAAGAUCCAGGAAAGAGGUUUGAGAAGUUGAUAACACUGCCGGUUGUCUGGUGCAAUCGAUCGGUCUGAAGACGGAAAGCUUGAGGACUUGGGAAGUGUUGAGGGUGGAAGGAGAAGAAGAAGAAGAAGAGAGAGAGAAGGAGAAGAGGAAGGGAAUACUUAUGGCAGGGCGCAGUUCCUGAACACAGGCAAUGUUGUGCCUCGCCAAGCCACAGGACGCGGUGGUUAGUGAAGGCUGCGGCAGAAUGGUCUUCACGGGAACAAUAGGAAGUGAAGUGGAAGUGAAGUGUUGUUGACGCAUUGGGAGGGCGCCAGAGAACCAUCAGUCGCAACGCUAGAGCGGUGAAAGUGAAGUGAAUCGAGGGUUUUGAACACAGCGAGCACAACCAGCAGGUCCAUGAGGGAGGCAGUAGUGGAGGAAGAAUGAGAAAACAACGGUAAGCGGGAAAGAAGAAUACUCUACAUGACUUCUCGAGUCUCUGGCUUUGCAACGAAUACUGCACGUAUACUCAAUGUGCGGCAGAACGCAGGACUACGGUGCCAUACUGAAACACUCAACUUGUUCCACUGGGACUCUUCUUCGCUCAAAGUACGGCAUGGUUGACAGAUGGUUGCGAUGGUCGAGUUAAUCGAUGUCCUCGAUGCCAUCGGUAUGGCUGUCGUUGACAAGGCUGUGGUUUUCAGGGAUAUCAGGGAGCACAGCCUUGUCCAAAUCAGAUAUGUCUUACGUAAUCAGUGCGUGGCUAAUGGUUCCCCAGAUUUUGGCGGACACGGUAAUCAAUUAAUUAUUAGCGGAUCGAUCUGUAGCUGAACAAUGGGGAUGUGUGGGAGAAC